AGAUUAGAGCCGCAGAGUGUCAUAGUGAAAUAAUGAUUCGAACCUUCAAGAUGCAGCUGACAAUCGCUCUUCUAUCAUUGACCUUGGCGGGCACAACAGCCUUUGUCACAAAGAGCCUCUGCCCUGAUGUAACCACCAAACCAGACUUUGACGCCACCCAGUACGUCGGAAGGUGGUAUCAACAAUCUGAAUUGGGCAAUCAUCGCCCAGGGAUUGAAAAAUGUGUCCACACUGAAUACCAAGCUUAUCCUAAUGGUACUCUUAGCGUUUACAAUGGCGCCAUUGGCGAGGACUUGGAGGUUCAAGAGAUCUGUGGUUUGGCAUUUUGUCCUGAUGAAGCUAAUCCAGCUCAAUGUCAGGUUCUGUUUCCCUUCAAUCCGAUUCCGGGCACCUAUUGGGUCCUGGAUACUGAUUACGAGAACUGGGCCGCAGUUUACUCAUGUACUGAUGUCUUAGGUUUGGUGAAAGCUGAAUUCGCUUGGGUCUUGGCUAGAGAGCCAGUUCUUUCGCCUGAAUUGUUGGCCACAGCCUUUGAGGCCUACACAUCCAGAGGUAUAGACAUCACUGAGUUCGAGACCACCGUUCAUGAUGAUGGAUGCACAUACGAGAAACCGGAUCCUACUUGUGCCGACGAGUUAUGAUGGGAUGAAAUUAUGAUGGCAUAAUUAUUGAUAAACCUGUGCUUUAAAGUAAAAAAAUAUUACGUGGAAAAAAAGACCGAAAAUUAA